AUGGCUUCUAUAUUCAGGACCCUUAAGCGGAGAACAAUACGUGCAGUUAAGACAAUGAUGACAAAACUGGGGUGCGGUGAAAUAAGGCUUCGGCACAUUGUUUCAAAGAAGGCGAGCGCAGCCGACGAAACAGGGGCGAGUAACCAAGUGAACAUUGCCCUCUUAACGACGACUGCGUGUGACUCAGACGCCCUGAGGACGACCCGACAAUAG